UUUCAUUUCUGAUUUAUUGUUGUCUUUCCCAAUUCACACUCACUUCACCUCCUUUUUCUCUCUGUGCAUGCAAUUCGCAUUGGUUUCAAUUCACCGGAAAUGACGAACAAGGGCAAAGCUCCCGCCGUCAAGGGUAAAGCUCCCGCCGGAAAAGGUUCCUCCGGCAAACGGAAGAACAACUUCGAUGACGACAAGACCGGCAAACGGAAGAAUCGAGGAGUCGUUCAGUUCUUCGAAGACGAAGCCGCUGACGUCGAUAGCGAUGACAGCGAGUUCAGCGAUUUCAGCGACGAAUCUUAUGAAGAUGAAUUUGAGACGUUGUCAACGACGAGGAACGAGUCAGCUAAGGGUUCGAGUAGCGUCCCACGAGUUCCCAAACAGGAGCUUGUGGAUGAAGAAGAAUUUGAUAGAUUGAUGGAAGAACGUGUUAAUUCUAGGUUUUUCCGUUUUGCUGAAGAUGGAGAUGAGUUUGAGGAUAAACCAAUGGAGGAUAAUUCUUCUUUACAUCAUGCUCUUAAGGAAUCAAUUCCAACCAUAUGGAGAGUUAAAUGCACUGUUGGGCGCGAGAGGCUUUCAGCUAUCUGUCUGAUGCAGAAGUUUGUUCACCUGAAAGGACUGGAUACUAAAUUGCAGUUAAUAUCUGCCUUUGCUGUAGAUCAUGUGAAAGGAUUUAUAUACGUUGAAGCUGAAAGGCAAAAUGAUAUAAAUCAGGCAUGUUACGGGAUUACUGGUAUCUAUGCUACUCGAGUGCAACCUGUUCCAAGAAAUGAAGUUUUUCAUCUGUUCUCUGUUAAAAUUAAAAAACCUGAAAUUUCUGAGGGCAUGUGGGGUCGCGUAAAAGGUGGUAAUUACAAGGGGGAUUUAGCACAGGUUGUGGCAGUGAAUAACACGCACAAGAAAGUUACUGUGAAGCUUGUUCCAAGAAUCGAUCUAUUUGCUCUGGCUGCCAAAUUUGGUGGAGGAUGUCGCCAAAAAGCUGCGGUACCAGCACCGAGAUUAAUUAGCUCCACUGAACUUGAGGAGUUCCGACCUCUGAUCCAAAUAAAACAUGACCGGGAAACUGGCAAGGUUUUUCAGGUUCUUGAUGGCAUGCUGCUCAAGGAUGGAUUUCUAUAUAAGAAAGUAUCUCCAGAUUCAUUAAGUUUUUGGGGUGUUGUUCCCACUGAAGAGGAGCUAUUGAAGUUUGGGUCUUCCGAAAACAAUGACUCAAAUGAUAUGGAGUGGCUUUCUAAUAUUUAUGGCGACACAAAGAAGAAACGGGUUACUAUUGCUGACAAGGGCGAUGGCAAAGGAGAGGGCUCAUCAGCUUCAGGCGCAGGAAAUGAUUUUGAAUUAUAUGCUCUUGUGCGUUUUCGCAAAAAGGACUUUGGUGUGAUAAUAAGCACAGAUAAGGAUGGUACUUACAAGAUUCUAAAAGAGAGUUCAGAAGGACCUGUUGCUGUAACUGUUCAACGAAACGAAAUAAAAAGUGCUCUGUGCGAUCUGAAACUUAGUGCCCAGGACCUGCACCGUAAGACUAUAGUUGUUAAUGACAAUGUUAAGGUUCUGGAUGGUCCAUCUCAGGGUAAACAAGGCAUUGUUAGACAUAUCUAUCAAGGGAUUGUCUUUCUAUAUGAUGGAAAUGAGGAAGAAAAUGGUGGUUACGUCACAGCUAAAGCUAUCAUGUGUGAGAAAGUCAAGCUUGCCGUUAGUGAUUUCAGCGCAAUUGGAAAGGAUAGUGAACCAGGUCCUUUAGUCUUUGACGAUCAACCAUCAUCACCAAGAUCACCACUCUCACCAAAAAAGCCAUGGCAAGCAAAAGAAAAGGAUUUUAACCGUGGGGACAGUGAUAGCUUAUUUGCUAUUGGCCAGACCUUGAGAAUUAGGAUAGGUCCAUUGAAGGGAUACCUCUGCCGUGUCACUGGCAUACGUCGCUCUGAUGUCACUGUGAAACUAGAUUCUCAGCAAAAGUUUCUUACAGUUAAAUCUGAGCACCUUUCUGUGGUUCAAGGGAAGAGUACCGCUGUGUCAGCAAGUGGUGAUCCAGAUUCGAGUUCAUUAAAUCCAUUUGAUUUGCUGGGCGCUGAAGGCAGCUCUGGAGGUUGGUUGAAUAAUAGUGCGGGAACGUCCACUGGAAGCGGUGGAUGGAAUGCUGGAGAAACGUCAGGUGAAAGGAGUGCAUGGGGUAACCCUUCGGCUCCAAGUUCUGUGCCAGGGUCUACCUCGGAUCCCCUCAGUUCUGAGGGUAAUGCAGAAGAUAAUGCAUGGGGCACUAAAAGUACUUCAACUGCGACGCCCGCAUGGGGUGCUGCAGUGAACACCGGAACCACAUCUGAGACAGAUCAGUCUGGUGGCUGGGGCACUAAAAGUACUUCAACUGCGACGCCCGCAUGGGGUGCUGCAGUGAACACCGGAACCACAUCUGAGCCAGAUCAAUCUGGUAGCUGGGGCACUAAAAGUACUUCAACUCCGACGCCUGCAUGGGGUGCUGCAGCGAACGCCGGAACCACAUCUGAGCCAGAUCAAUCUGGUAGCUGGGGCACUAAAAGUACUUCAACUCCGACGCCUGCAUGGGGAGCUGCAGCGAACACUGAAACCACAUCUGAGCCAGAUAAGUCAGGUGGCUGGGGCACUAAAAGUACUUCAACUCCGACGCCCGCUUGGGGUGCUGCAGUGAACACCAUAACCACAUCUGAGCCAGUUCAGUCUGGUGGCUGGGGCACUAAAAGUACUUCAACUCCGACGCCAGCAUGGGGUGCUGCAGUGAACAUCGAAACCACAUCUGAGCCAGAUCAGUCAGGUGGCUGGGGCACUAAAAGUACUUCAACUCCGACACCCGCUUGGGGUGCUGCAGUGAACACUGGAACCACAUCUGAGCCAGAUCAGUCUGGUGGCUGGGGAAAAGGUGGAGGCAGCUCGGGUCAGUCAGAGCCUAAUGAUAAUCAGAAUACUGCCUGGGGCACUAAAAGUACUUCAACUCCGAAGCCCUCAUGGGGUGCUGCAGUGAACACCGGAACCACAUCUGAGCCAGAUCAGUCUGGUGGAUGGGGAAAAGUUGGCGGCAGCUCGGGCCAGACAGAGCUUAAUGACAAUCAGAAUACUGCUUGGGGCACUAAAAGUUCUUCCACUCCGGCACCUGCAUGGGGUGCUACAGUGAACACCGGAACCACAUCUGAGCCAGAUCAGUCCGGCGGCUGGGGCACUAAAAGUACUUCAACUCCGAAGCCCUCAUGGGGUGCUGCAGUGAACACCGGAACCACAUCCGAGCCAGAUCAGUCCAGUGGCUGGGGCGCUAAAAGUACUUCUGAUGUGAACAAUAGCAAUUGGAAUUCUGGUGAUUCUAAUAAAACAUCAAACUCAGGAAAGAAUAGUAACUGGAACAAUUCCUCUGGGGGUGCUUGGAAUGAAAACAAGACUUCCAACUGGAGUUCUGGUGGUGCAAGUGAAGGCACUAAUUGGAGAAGCAAUGAAGGUCCAAAUGAAACUUCUGAUGACGGAGGUGGUGGGAGGGGAGGUUACCGUGGUAGAGGUGGCUCAGACAGUGGUGGCUAUAGAGGUAGAGGUUUUCGGGGCAGAGUAGAGCGUGGGGGUUUUGGUGGCCGAGGGGAACAAGGAGGCUUUGGUGGCAGAGGUAGAUCAGAUGGGGAAGGUUUUGGUGGUAGAUGGGGAUCAGACAGAGGAUCCGGAGGAGGCAGAGGCCGUGGAAGGAAUGACCGACCUGGUGGUUGGAGCAACAGUCGUGAUUCUGGUGAGGAUGGAUCCUCUGACUGGAAGAAGGGGUCAGAUAAUGUUGAAGGGUGGAAGAGUAAUAAUGGGUCUGGGUCUUGGAACCAGAAUAGCAGUGACAAGAAGGAUGGAGGGAACUGGACUUCAGCAAGUGGUGGAGCUAGUGGUAGUUGGAACAGUGAUAGGCCAGGACAGGUGGCAGAGGCUAAAGACGGUGCUGGCUGGGCCAAGGGAACGGAUUCUGGUGCUGGCUGGGCCAAGGGAACAGAUUCUGCUUCAGAUAAGGGUCAAUCUAGUUGGAAUGGAUCAGCAGCAGAUGGUGCUGCAGGCUCUUGGGGCAAGAAAAAUGAUGGGGGUAGCAAAGGUGGAUGGUAACUACUUUCUAGAACGGGCUAAAUGAACCAAAGCAAAUCGAGCUCUGCCAUUUCUACUUGCUGAUUUCAAUCGUUUUUUGUAAAUUUUCACCCAUCUUUCUGCUGGAACAUUAUGUCUAUUAUGUUAACUUUAAAUUAUUGUAAACAGAUCUGAUGAAUGACUAACCCGUUCUGCUGUGUUAUUGCAAGGAAAUGUUCCAUGAAAAUCAGUGUUCAGUUGUUUGUCACCAUGUCUUUCUUUUUUAGGGGUGAAUUACUGUGUUCUUUUGUUAUAUUUAUUGACUUGUGUUGUCUUUCUUUUCUGGUAAACGAUGUUGAGACGUGUUUCAAAUGUAUAUUGUUGCUAAUUUGUGAUGGUUGCUAA